GUCUGAGUAGCAUUGACUGGGUGUGGACUGAUACACACCAGUACACAGCGCAUUUUUUAGAACAUUAAAUUUCCAGCAUUUUAUAUAAAUGUAACUUAUCUUGGGUAGUGCGUCUAUAAUUCUAAGUGCAUAUUUUUGGCAUAAAACGACGAAGAAAAAUGGAUCCAUUUGAGGUUGAUAUGAAUAAAGCUUUUCAAAAAUUUGCUAAGGAUAUCAUUCCAAGUGAUGAAGAGUUGAAGAAAGCAAAUGUCUCUGCCGACAGAAUCAUCAAAUUGCUUCAAACAAAAAGUAAAUUUGAUAUUGACCGUGUUUGCAUUGCCGGUAGUACCGGUAAAAAACUAACAAUUAUCGGUUCAGAUAUUGAUUGCGUGCUAUUCAUCAAUGACGAACGGCCCAAGUUUGAAGAUGUUUUAGAUGACUUCGAAGACAUUCUCACCAUGACCGAUUCUUUCAACGAUAAAGAUAUGAAGAAAACGCCAUAUUCAAUUCAGUUCAAAGCUUUUGGAUUAAAGUUCGACGUUUUGCCAGCAGCUAAUUUUACCAAAGGUCUUCAGCUUCAAGGUGAUUCGUUGAUCAACACUCAGCAGCAACGAGUUUUGGCACACAUCAAACAGGACCCAAAAAAGUACGGUUACAUGUAUUCCAGUUCGUUGGCAGAAGCAGCAGUACGCUUUAUGAAGCGACAAGAUGGUUUCGUUAACGAAAUGGUGCGCAUUGCAAAAUUUUGGUUUAAAACUUUGCAUUUCAACGAUUUACGUAAUCGGUCAGGUGGAAAAAAUUGUAUUGAGCUGAUUGCCGUGUAUGCAGCAAAGCAAGAGGAAAACAUGGAAACCAAGUCUUAUCUAAGAUCUUUCAAACGUUUCAUGGAUUAUUUGAAGAAUUUCGACAAUUUGAAUAUUCAUUUUGAAACGGAUGACGAUAAAGAUCGACCACGUGUUAUGGAUCCAGUAAAUCCAUAUAACAAUUUAGCGAAAAACUGGACGAAAUCUAUUCAUUUGCUAAAAGAUUACGCAAACGAAUCGAAUAAACGUUUACAGAGUCUUGCCGAUUCACGUAGGGCUCGUUUGGAUGAACUUUUUGAGCCACAGCCGGUGUAUCGUCCAAACAUGCAUGGACAAUGGAUCGUUGGCGUUGACACUGAAACCUUUUCCAGGUUGCCUGAUUUAAAAAUUCGCAAUAAACAUUUCGACACAGAUGAACUGCGGCGUGGUUUGGAAACUCUUAAGGAUCAUUUCCAGUCUGCGGUACUUGCAUCAGGGGCAUCAAGCUGUGAUGAAAAUCAAAUAAGGGAAGUUUUAACAAAAAUGAUUUCAAGAGAAAUUUACAAUUCCAAUUCCACAUGGUAUCCAUCUAAUGCAAAACACGAAGACUGUGAUGUCACAUUCACAAUUCCAUCGCCGAAUGAAAAGGCAAUUCAAAUAAGUUAUCGAUUGUAAACCUGUCUGUCAUUUUAUUUUCACCUACUUUCUAACGAUUUUAAGACAAAAAUAUUCUACGUGGUCUUCAGCGAGAACUGUAAUUACUGUUCAAUGGCAGUUCGUGUUGUUUUCGUUUAUAUAUCUGUUAUUCCAUUUUUGCCAAAAGAAAGAAAUCAAUUUUUUUUACAUUUAACGUAACUCAUGAACCAUUUAUAUAAUAUAUGUAUAAGAAAACAUAUAUAUUACUCAAAAACAAUAUUUUAACCAGCCCAACUUCAUCACCAACGAACUAUCUUUAUUCGAAAGAUAGAAUAUUAACAAAAAACACUCUAGUGUCUGCAAACACCAUGGCCAAUUAGGACACUUUUCAAGUUAAAAUAAUUUUUUGAAGUUGGAUAUUGAUUAAUUUGGGCAUUCAUACAAAAGUGUAAGCAUUGCAUGUAUUGCAUUUUAUUUCCUAUCUAAAUAAAACAAAAAACAUAAAAA